AUGGAGGUAGAAACUCAGAACCCAGCGAUACCACAGCCACAUAUCAAUCUCCAGAAGGGAUGGCCAUCGCCGCGACUUCUUCCUAGCCAGGCACUCCUAGCUGCUGCUGAAGCAACACUCUCUAGCUCGGCACGAGCGACAGAUGCCAUGCUGUACGGACCAAACAUUGGCGACCCUGCACUGCGAAGAGGUUGUGCCGAAUGGCUAUCUCGUUUGUAUCGUUUACGAUCACCGCCAGCGGGAUCAGAGGAUGGGAUUGUCGAUCCCAUAUCGCCUGACCGCAUCUGCAUCACCGCCGGGGCGUCAAACACGCUGGCUUGUAUCAUGGCCGCAUUCACCGACCCCGCUUAUACUCGCCGUGUGUGGAUGGUUGAACCGACCUAUUUCCUUGCCUGCACGGUAUUCGAAGAUGCGGGAUUUCAAGAUCGUCUUGUUGGUGUACCAGAGGAUGAGGAGGGUUUGGAUGUGGACUUCUUGCGAAAACGAAUCGAAGUUGUGGAAAGUGAAGAAGCAGCGCUGGGAACGCCGUACAAGCGUUCACCCCAGUAUCCCCGGCUCUACCGCCAUGUGAUUUACCUUGUUCCCACCUUCAGCAACCCUAGCGCAAAGACUUAUACGUUGGCGCGGAGGGAAGCUCUGAUACGGCUUGCAAGGGAAGUCAAUGCCCUCAUUAUCACGGACGAUUGCUAUGACUUUCUGUCGUGGACAAGUGAAGCUGAAUGGAGGGAGUUCACCGUCACGAGUGGCACCUCCCAUCAUUCUUGCCUGACUCCUCCGCCUCCGCCCCGGCUCGUAGACGUCGACAACUCAUUAUCGGGGGGCGACAGGGAAUGGGGAAAUGCGAUCAGUAACGGAUCCUUCUCGAAGGUUGUCGGACCUGGCAUGAGGUGUGGAUGGGCCGAAGCGACUCCUGCGUUCAUUUUCCGACUCAAUCAAGUCGGAGCCACAUUAUCAGGCGGCGCUCCAGGGCAAUUCUCUUCUGUAUUGAUCGAACAUAUGUUGCGGACUGGGGCCCUUGAACGUCAUAUUCAGCAUGUCCUUAUCCCGACUUACCGCAGUCGCUGUGCCACACUUCGGAAAGUAACAGAGGAAUACUUGGGUCCAUUGGGGGUGCGGAUCGACGUCGGUCGUUCAUAUCAUGUGAAGAGCUCCGAAGGUGACGAAGAGAUCGUUGGCGGAUUCUUCCUCUACAUCUUGUUUCCUGAAGGCAUCGUUGCGGAUGAGGUUGCAGCUGUGGCAUUAAAGCAAUACAACGUACGGCUUCUGUCCGCCGGAAUGAUGUCGGUCAGAGGAAGCAAACCGUCUAGUGAUCAGUUGAGGAGGGGCGCGAGGUUAUGCUGGGCGUGGGAGGAAGAGGAACAAGUCAUGGAAGGCGUGCGAAGGAUAGGUCAGGCGUUGAAGGAGCAAUUCCUCAACAGGAACGGGUACGAAUUGUAG